GGCUACCUAGCUUCUCAUCUAAGCAAAAAACCCAAACCAGCCCCUUUCCUCUUUUUCUCUCCCAAAUCCACCAAACCCUUUCUUCCUCUGAAAAUCUCAAAGCUCCAUCACCACCUAGGGUUAGGGUUUCGAAUCGAAUCCGAUGGGGCAGCAAUCGUUGAUCUACAGCUUCGUGGCGCGCGGGACCGUGAUCCUCGCCGAGUUCACGGAAUUCACCGGCAACUUCACCGGCAUAGCUGCUCAGUGCCUCCAGAAGCUUCCCGCCACUAACAACAAGUUCACCUACAACUGCGACGGCCACACCUUCAACUACCUCGUCGAUAAUGGCUUCACAUACUGUGUAGUUGCAGUUGAGGCUCUUGGUCGACAAGUUCCUAUUGCCUUCCUCGAGCGAAUCAAGGAAGAUUUUACCAAUAGAUAUGGUGGAGGAAAAGCUGCGACAGCAGUUGCAAAUAGUCUGAACAAGGAAUUUGGGUCUAAGCUGAAGGAGCAUAUGCAAUAUUGUGUGGAUCACCCCGAGGAGAUCAGCAAACUUGCUAAAGUAAAAGCUCAGGUUUCAGAAGUGAAAGGAGUUAUGAUGGAAAAUAUUGAAAAGGUUCUUGAUCGUGGGGAAAAGAUAGAACUUCUGGUGGACAAAACUGAGAACCUUCGCUCACAGGCACAAGAUUUCAGGCAGCAAGGAACCCAGAUGAGGAGGAAGAUGUGGUUUCAGAACAUGAAGAUCAAGCUGAUAGUUUUGGGAAUCUUAAUCGCCUUGAUUCUCAUCAUUGUCCUAUCUGUUUGCAAUGGAUUCAAGUGCUGAUGAAUCCUAAGACGCUUUCAAGGAAUUUGGUGGAGUUUCUACUGCUGUUAUCUACAGUGCUGGUCUACGUAUUAUUAUUUUUGGUUACAUACACCACCUUCUGGCAUAAUUCUCAUUUUAAAAGACAGCUUGUAUAGUUUGUAUCGGUGAAUUCUUUUCUAUAUUAGUCUCUUGGAUGUGUGAAUGGUUUUUGAUUCUCUUUGUUCCAUUGAACUUGUGUUGUAGCAAAGAGAAAUGGCAAAUCAUUGUGAUUGGUUUCAGAUUUGUUAUUCAUGCAUAGCAGUCGGAAUAUAUGAAGCUUCUGUUGCAUCUUUAUU